CUCCAAUAUUUGAAACCCACACUUUCACCAACCUGAGUUUCUUCGGGCAACCACCUGGCUGCUUAAGAAUGGCGGCCUUAUUAUCAUUUUACAAGGUCAAGAGCUCCGAAGUUUCGAUUCAUUACCCCUCACAACAUCCCACAAUACCAUUACCCAUCUUGCGAGCGUAGUCUCAAAACUGAGCGUCAUCGCCUGGCUGAUGAAAAAGUCAAUACACGAUCAUACCAGGUUGACCGACAGUGUUGAAUUUUUUACCUGAGGCAUCCUUAUACCGCGGGACUAAAUACACAGUUGUCCAAUAUGGCUGACGAGCGCCAAGAUGUCUUCGAGGAGGUAGAUGCAGUGGAACUCAAUGAAGGCAUUGAUAUUUCUCAGUAUGCAUCUGCCAUAUGUGAUCCAAAUAUUGAAGGUAGGAGUACGGCAAUUUCUGCUUUGCUAGACUGGAGCUGAUUAUGUAAAUCUAACAGUGACUGGUGGCUUCUUUGAUGGACUGGCAUCAGACAUGCAUAUGAAUGUGUCAGGUGAGGAUGCGGAUGCUCCAGGCGACCAUAGGGACAGCGAUGAUGCUCUCAAAGACACAGAAAUCUCUAAAAAGGGUAAGAAGACGAUACUUUGGAUACAAAUGACCAGGAGACUGAUAACCUUACUGAUGUCCAAACUCAAUAUGCUGGGCUCAACCAGAAAAAGCCUUCAUUUGCAAGCAAGUACUUAUCCUGCAGCAUUGAAUCACUCAUCGAAUUCUUGCGAAACCCUGUUAAUCUAACUCCACAAGAACUUGAUUUCAUCGCACAGCUACUGAAAAGGAAUAGGAGCUCGGUAGGUUAUGGCGGUAUUCCAAAAAAAACUCGCCAGAAUUACCGUUCUGGGACAAAGGCAUAUCAUCCAAAAAGUCCGGCUGGGCUAGACAAACUCUUACGCCGUACGACAUCACAAGCAGAUUAUAUCAAUAUCCAACCAGAAGAGGGGCAUGGAUGGGCCGUCCUAAAUCCACAAAUAUUGCCUCGGAUGGACACGAAAAAUAAGGAGUUCGUCUGUCCGGGACUUUUUCUGCGACUAUGGGACAAGGCCAGCAAGUCCAGGAUAGAUGACCAUGAUCAUGGUUUUCUUUCAGCGUCUCCAGACUUGCCUCUCCGCACUGUAAAAGAACGGUGUGAAUUUUUUCGUGAUCAUACAUACUGGAGACACCGUGGUCUUACUCAGGGUAUUUCGAUUACAAGUCACCUAAGUAUGCUUACUUCUGGUCACAUUCUCCCGCGAUUCUAUGACACUCGAAAAAAGACUGAAAUGAUUUGUGCAAAUCUGACUCUCAUCAAUGACUAUGCGCAAAUUGCGGCUGGAAUUCCCAUCUUGCGAGUGGUAGAUGAAAUACAUCAUUACGAUGUGGUAUCUCUCUACGGCGAUCAGGGACUGUACGGCAUUAACUUUUUCGAGAAUGAGUACCUCGUUCCAUAUUGUGUCGUUCCUGACGCCAUCAUCCAGACAUACAAGUGGCGUGAUAUAAAAAGCUGGAUGGAGAAGAGAAAACGCAGCUAUACUGAUUGGUACAAGAAAUUUGCAGUUCCGGCAUACCUAGCACAUGAGGAGAUGCGCUCGGGAAUGCUUGAGGGGAACCCAGACAUGUACGUGGGUGUUAAGUCAAUUUUCGUGGACAACAAGACGGUCGAAGAAUUAGAAGCCUUGUUCACUACGCCUAUCCAGAACCCGCGUGCUCCAAGAGCAGUUCAACGGAAGCCUGGAUCGAAGGACGUUGACACAUCUGCUCCUGACGAUAACCUUGAAUCUAAUAACAAGUAGCGACGCUGGGUCUUUUUCGGAGAGCCCUUCGACGCAGCGACUUAAGAAGCAUUUUUCUACACAAAAACUUAUUUAUUUCUGCAAUCGGCGACCGGUAAUAUCAACACUAUUUUUUAUUUCUGCGUUGGCGCAGUGGUCAUUUUGCACCGGAGGCUGGACAUAUCAUCGGGCGGUUUUGAUCUGGAACGUCAAAUCUUUGAAAUUUUCACGGGCAUCUUUAUCUAUGAUUUUAAUUAACCUAACUGGAAGCUGGGCAUACUAUCAUAAUGGCACUCAUUUUUACAUAAGACUUCACACUUGUGCAAAGAAAUACCUCCGAGCAGCUACCAUAUCUGCUUAUGCUCUAGGAGUAAGACAUCAGAAUU